AUGGCGUGUAUAGCGUCGAGUAGGCUCUGUGCUCGUGCGGAGAAACUGUGCCAGUUCGGACAUUUCGCCCAAUUACGGAGGGAACUUACGACUACGUGUGCAAAAUCACGGUCAGCUGUCGCCCGGACAUGCGGCACGCUUCUGCAACGAUGCCAGAGCAAAACGAACACGCCAGACUGCAGGAUAGGCCUUGCGAGGGCGACGAGCACUAUGCAAACGCAGCUGCCUGGCUCUCUGUCCGAUUACCAAAUCGAUCCUUACAGGCUUGUCGAGGACGAUCUUAAGUACUUAUUCGAAAACAUACAAGAGGAACUCAUCAACGCAACUACGCAGAAAGAAUUGCAACCAAUAGCUACGUAUUAUAUGGAUGGCCAAGGGAAGGCGUUGCGGCCCAUGUUGAGCAUACUGAUGGCACGAGUUAUCAAUUACCACAAGGGAAGCGACGUUCUCUCGUACUCGCAGCGGCGAAUAGCGAUGAUCUCGGAGAUGAUACACGUCGCUUCCUUGUUGCAUGACGAUGUGAUCGAUCAAUCGGAUAGCCGCCGAGGCAAACCAUCGGUGAACAUCAUUUGGAGCCAAAAGAAGGUGGCGAUGGCGGGAGAUUACAUCUUGGCGGUCGCCGGCACGAUGCUCGCUAGAAUUCAAAACGACGAUGUGACUAUCGUUAUAAAUCAGAUUAUCACUGACUUGGUGCAAGGUGAAUUCAUGCAACUCGGCUCGAAAGAGACGGAGAAUGAGAGGUUCGCCCAUUAUUUCACCAAGACCUAUUUAAAAACGGCGAGUCUGAUGGCCAAUUGCAGUAAAGCGGUGGCCACGCUUGCCGAAGUCGAUGAUCGCAUGGUAGAGAUGGCCUAUCAAUAUGGCAGAAACGUUGGCUUAGCUUUCCAACUGGUGGACGAUUUUUUGGAUUUCGUGGCUUCGUCGGAAGCUAUAGGUAAACCUGCGGGUGCCGAUCUCAAGCUCGGCUUGGCUACAGCUCCGGUGCUCUUCGCUUGCGAACAGUAUCCGGAGCUGAACGCGAUGAUUAUGCGUCGUUUCCAAGAGCCCGGAGACGUCGAGAAGGCUUUCGAUUUGGUGCACAAAUCCAACGGUCUCCAACAAACGAAAUUCAUGGCGAAGAAGCAUUGUGUAGAAGCCAUCCGAAUUGCGCAGUCCUUCGCCAAGAGUCCGUACCAAAAAGCUCUUACUGUUCUGGCCGAUCUGGUCCUCAAUCGCAUGAAAUAGCACCGCAAAGGGAAACGAGGACUCGAAUGUGAGCGGGAUACGAUUUCGAUAUCUAUUUAUAAUAGUUACCGCCGAACGAUACGACGGACUGGUGUCGCCGAUGGAGCCAGUUGUCUCGUUAAAUUUUACAGAGCAAAGAUACUUUCAUCUCGUCCACUGUCAGGUCCGCUGUGCACGAUCUGUGUGUAAUUCGCAACGAAAUUCGGAUCUGAUAGCAUCUGUAAAGAGAUAAACGUUCAAAUCGUUCUACACUGAGGUCCCUCCGUACCAAAGUUCUCUGUACGAGAACGCAUCAAAAUAACAAAUGGAACUUUAUGCUGAAUUUUGCCAUGAGUUACACAGAUCGUCCAAAGCGAGCUUCGUGCCACUAGCCGAAAUAUCGUAUCGGUAUAAUAGUACUUUUUAUCUAAGGAUUUUUAUAAGUCGCAAUUAAGUGAAGAAUCUUUGAGAUAUAAUGGUUAUAAAAUCUUGCUGGUGUUAAUAUUGAUGUAUUGCAAUCGAUGGUGCAUGCGUUGCGCUAUUGUAUUGCCGUUCGUGAAUUCUUCUCAUCCGAAAGAAAACGAAAAAAAAAGAAAAUAAGAAAAGAGAAAGUAAAAAUAGCAAUCGACGCCUCGUGACAUAAUUUGUAAAUGUCUGAACGUUAAUUCUGCUUCUUUCGGAUUAAUAAUUGCCCGAAAAAAUGCAGAAAGUGCACGAUCACUCCUCUUAAGUGCCUAGGCAUGAUUUGAUCUGUGUGUAAGCGAAGAGGCGCGUAUUACCUGAUUAUAUAGAUUAUUAGCUAAAGGUAAUAAUGUAAAUAAAGCAAUCUAUAUAACGGUAGAGAGAUAAUGUAUUAACAUGUUGAUAAUCGUUCACAUUGAAAAUCUUUCUCCUUGUUCGCAUUUGUACAUCGUUGUCAUCGAAUGAAAAGAAUGCACAAACACUUUUAGAUAGAUAAUUCGAUGACUUAGCGACAAUCGUGACGUGACGACAUGUUGCGACUACAUCAAAAGGAAGAUCUUAAUAAAUUUUAAUUUGUUGUAGAAUCUUAAUUCAUUGUAGUAUGAACAAGAAAGAGAAACACAAAUCAAAAAUUGGAAACAAAAUAAAACGCUAAUACCUUUUUAUAAUAUAUUCUUUAUCGUACGUCUUUGUCGUAAUCAGUUAAAUCAGGUGUAGAUUUGUAUUUUCUUUUAUAGAAAAGGGAAAAAACAGAACACAUAUAUAAUUUCUUUCAAAGAAUAUCAUGCAAACAGAUAGAAACACAACGCGGUGCCAACACUAAUUUCUUAUCGACGCACAAUUUAGGGUUUCGUCAAAAACAGCGGGGAGAAUAAAUCUGCCAAAGAAGACAAGCCGGUCUUUACGAUUCUCCCGCCGGUUUGUUAAAAUUUAAUUUCGCCCUGUUGCGAUUAACCAACACUGUUUACCGCCUCAAGUCAGAGUGUAUGCUAUCAAGACACACAGUGCGGGAUUUUAAGUUAAAGUUAUUCAAAUAAUAUUUGAGGAAAAUACAUCUACGUUUCUUUUGCCACAUUUCGUUAAAUAGGUGAACUGCUCAAAAUAUCGAUAAUAUAUUACCAGAUAUGUAAGUAUAUAA